AACCCGUCCUGCCUCUCUAGGACAAUGUACGCCACAACGUAAACAAGACGCUAUACGGACUCUCCGUAUCUCCGUAUCUUUAAACUAACGGAUAUCGGUAGCUAGCUGUGCACCUUGUUGUGGUGAUGCGUUAACUUAGAACUCUCACUUUAGAGGUUUGUCUUUUUUGGAAUUUUACGCGGAUAUAAAGUCCAGACCUACAAGUUAUCCAGUCAAGCUUCACCUGGCUAAGUUAAGUUAGCUAGGUUAGCAGUGCUACGCAGUAAUGCACCGUUGGUUAGCCUAACCGGGCUAGCUAAGCGCUAAUCAGCUAGGUUAGUGAUUACAGCUCCUCAUCCCAGGGGGCAGAGCCGUUAAACGCCGUUAAACGCGUCCGUAGACUCAUCCCCCGCCAUGCCCGAGCCUGAGGGGGAAGGUUCGGGUCCCGUCAGCCCCAGACGGCGGCGCCGUAGUCGCUCCAGCACGAGGAGUCGCUCGGGCGAGCGCGAGCCGAGCCCCGCGCCGAAGAGGCACGAGGCGUCGGACGCCAAGGAGAGGAGGAGGAACCGGUUCCGCGUGGCACGCUCGCGCAGCCGCUCCAGGUCAAGGGAGCGUGAGCAGCGGGGCUACGGGGGGUCCCGGGCUGACUACUACGACCAGAGGGACGAUGCUCAGCGACAAAGACAAGAAGCCUUCAUAGCGAGGCGCCUGCAAGAACGCGAACGCAUUGGAGAGCUGGGUUCCCCUGAGGUCUGGGGCUACUCACCUAGAGUCAGAGAGCCUGACUCAGAUGAACACACUCCUGUUGAAGAGGAUGUGAAGAACAGCAGCUCUGAUUCUACUUCAGAAGAGGAAAGGAAAAAGAAGAAGAAGAAGAAAACAAAGAAGAAGAAAAGCCGGAAACACUCGGAGGACAGCGAGUCAGACGGCGACUCUGAGGAAGUGGUGAAAAAGAAGAAGAAGAAGAAGAAAAGUAAAAAGAAGAAAUCAAAGAAGAAGAAAGCUAAGAAGAGCCGCAAGGAGUCCAGCAGUUCCAGCAGUGACCAGUCAGCAGAGGAAGAAGACGACGACAUGAGUGAAGAGCUCUGGGUGGAAAGGACUGGUCUGGAGGAGCAUGUGGUUGGGCCUGAAGCACCAUUAACGCAUCUGUCCCAGGAUGAUAAACCAUUAGAUUUUGGUCAUGCUCUGCUACCUGGUGAAGGUGCUGCUAUGGCAGAGUAUGUAAAGGCAGGGAAACGUAUUCCAAGGAGAGGUGAGAUCGGCUUGACCAGUGAAGAGAUCGCAGACUUUGAGAAGUCGGGCUAUGUGAUGAGCGGAAGCAGACACCGGCGUAUGGAAGCCGUAAGAUUGAGGAAGGAAAACCAGAUUUACAGCGCCGAUGAGAAGAGGGCACUUGCGUCCUUCAACCAGGAAGAGAGGAGAAAGAGGGAAAGUAAAAUUCUUUCUAGUUUCAGGGAAAUGGUGUACAGAAAAACCAAAGGCAAAGAGGAGAAAUAGACCGCCAAGCACACUGCUAACAUUUAAGUCUGUCUGCCACCUUCAUUCUCAGUGUAUUGUAACUUAGUGCAAAUAGUGAAUGUUCGGUUUUGUUUCGUAAUCCUUGCUGUACCAGGCAUUGUGAGCUCUUCCUAAAAUCAGAUCGCUUGUGUAUUUUCCUCAAUAAAGAGUGAGCUGUGAUUCUCAAGAUUA